CAUAGUUGGUUGAAAGGCAUGAAAGUGCGGACUACACCGUCGAGUAGACCGUGUUUUAUUCGCGUAUGUCAUCAAAACAACUGGCGAUCCAAUGACAUUUUCGGAAGUUUUUAAUCGCGAUUGACAUACUAAUAAGGUAUAUUUGUGAUUUUUUGACUUAAAAGAUAUUGAAGUUGUGGUUUAACUGUGAUUGGUGUCUAGUUUUGUGAUAAAAUUUGCAAUUUGUUGACUGACGUUGGAUUUUACUACUAGACUCAAAGGUCGUGUACCUAGAUACUGCAAAUCUGCAGGAACAAGCCUAGUCAAAACAAUAAACAGCUAGUUAUCACAAAUUUGUGCCAUAUAUAUUAACUAUUUAUUCUUAAAAUGCCAGGGAAAUAAGAAAAUUCCAAUGGCUUUGAAGCUACGAAAAGAUAUAAAAAAAUCCAGUUACUACGUUUGGUUUCUUGGUGCUAAAGAAUCGAAAGGAUUAAGAGGAACUGAAUACAUAGUACCGGUGAUCAAACAUUUGGAAGAACGCGAAAAAGACAUAGAACCUUUCAAAGUAACCCUCCAAGUAUCACAUAAAGGUCUUAAGAUAAUACAAAAUGUAGUUUCGCAGAAUCAAAAAAAUUCCAAACCUAAAAACGAGACAAUCAAACAUUUUAUUCCUCACAAUACUAUAACAUGCGUAUAUCAACAAGAAGACGUCAUAGCUUGUAUUUUGUUAUUAUUCAAUCCUGUAACGAAAUGUCCGUUACACGUUCACGCAUAUAGAUGUGACAGUUUGGAAACUGCUACUUUAUUAAAAAUCCAACUGCAAACUUUAAUAGAAAGACCUGAAAAUCAGAAAAAGUUUGCCGAGAUUGAGAGUAAAUUAAAGCCACAAAAGGAGCUUAAAAAAGUUGAUAGUAGUAUAGGAAGUGACACAGGAACGAGUACAAGAGAAAGUGAAAGCAGCGAAGAAAGAUACGCCGUUGAAUCAACACGAGUAACAACGUUAUACGAUUCCGUCGCUGCCGAGCUUCGUGCUAAAUUAGGUAAAAAGAAUUCCCCCAUUCUUUUACCUCCUCGUGACUACGAUACUGUACACAGAACAAAAGGAAAUUUGACAGGUAUCGAAUUAAGACGAUGUCUCAAUGCCAACAUUGUAGGGCAGAAUGUGAAAGGAAGACGGAUUGAAAGUAGCGGAGGAAGUUCCGGAAUUGGUUCUGAUCAUCCACCUAGUCCAGAAAGUCCGGAUGCGCCUGAUUCUAGAUUUAAUACAUUGGACAAUCAGAGUACUAGUGAUGAAGAUUGGAAUGGAGAUCCAGCAGAAUCAACAAUAUAUUUAAUGCACCAACCCGCUCAAAUAGCUAGCUCAAAACAAACCAGAGACAAGUCUCCAGACAAUAAUCAAAGGUUCUCCAGAUAUGCAGAAUCUCACUCACCAAAAUAUGAAGAGUUGAACUUUAGAUCAAGUAAAAAUGUCAGAGAUGAAACUCAAAAGUAUCUGGAAAAACCAAUUUCCAAAUACGCUGACAACAAAUUUUUGGAGCGUCAGAAAAGUUUGGAAAAGGAAAUGUUCGCUCACAAAAAGUUCGUAGAUCGACAGAGAAGUUUAGAAAAAGACGUGGGUAUUCAAAGGAGUUUUGAGCAAGAUAGACGUUCGGGAAAUUUCGAAAAGUAUGGUGAAAAAAGAUAUUAUUAUCAAGGAGAAGAUUCUAGAGAGAAAUUUGACAGGUUUUAUGAAUCAGAAAAAUCUCGACAGGCGAACGAUGAUUUUUCUCCCCGAAAGGAGAAAUCAAAACAACAAAAAUACUUUGAAGAUGAUGGUUUCGAUGAAAAUAUGAGAUACAGAAAUAAAUCGACAGAUUUUGAAAGAAAUCGAUCUCGUUAUACUUACGAGGAAGAAGAAUAUUUUGACAAUAGACAGUAUAAAGAAGAAUCAGCAGCACCGAAAAUUCGACAAAGAUAUCCAUCAGACGAUUCCAAAUUCUACAAAGGAACAUUCAGGUCUGAUGGAAGUGAUCCAAAAAGUCCAACAAGAAGUUCCCCUGAUGAUUCUAGAUAUUAUACAGAACCAGAAAUAAAGCCUAGAUCCCUUUCUCGGCCUUCCCAGAAAGACAACUAUUCUAAAUCUCGCAGUGACCGUGAAGAAAAAUCUGUAAGAUCACAAGAACUUUUUGAAGAUCAUAGAAAGAUAGGGCAAUUCAGAUCGCCUACUCCUAGUUCGGAUGAUAUAAAAGCUCCUAGUGACAGAUUUAAGAAUGCUAAGGAAAAAUUCAUGUUAAUGGAGAGAGAAAGAUUGGAGAUCGAAAGAAGAAGACCAGAACCUCCAAUUUCUCCAACUAACGUUAAAGAAAAACCUUUUUCUAAGAGGUAUAAUGAUUCUGAUUAUCCAAAUGAUAGAGAAAGAUAUUUCAACGAUCACAGAGGACACCAUUUAGAAGAUCCAAAACCUACUCCAGCACCAAGACACAUCUCCGAAGAAGUUCGUUACAGAGAACGAAACAGAGAAAUGCAUCGAGACAGGGAUCCUCCAAUGGACAGAUAUCGCCAAACUGACAAAUUCGAUCCAAAAAGACGAUCAAUGUUUUCGUUAAUCGAAGAAGAGCACAGAAAAAAUUCGAAUGAAAUAGCAAAGGAAUUGAAAAGGCGAUCGUACAUGGACAGUGGAGGAUACGAUGAAGACAUUGAACGAUUGAAUCGAGAUCGAGAUAGACAUUUUCAAGAAUUACCGGAAUCUGACAGAUUUUUAGAUGGUUACUCAAAAUCUAGUAUAGAGAUUGAUAAAGUUGGUGAGAUGAAAUUUGAUCAAAAGUUCAUUAAAAACCAGAAACAAGUUAAGAAUUCAGCCGGAUAUAGACAUAGCUAUGUCGAACCGAAAAUGAGAAUGGAUAAAAAUACUAAGAAACAUUUAUCGGAGAUGUUGCACAGAACGAACAGUUCUGUAGGAAAUAAUGGACGUGUAGGAAUAGCCAGCGUUCAUCCAUAUUAGUAAUAAAAGGAAUUAAUAACUGAUGUAUGAAAUUUUUGGUGACGGUCUGGAGUCGAUAAAUGUGUUUGUAUAUUAUUUAUACUAAGUUGUUAGUACUUGCCUGAACACAGGUAACUGCUCAAGAGUAUUUAUAAAGAAAUUAUUGUUUUGGGCAUACGUAUCUUUGAGAGAUUAGUCAGAGAAAUGUCAGUUUGGGUAAAUAAUGAGAAAAUUGCAUAAGUAAUAUAAAUAUCUGAGUGCUUCCAAAGUUUCCUUAUGUUCAUUAACUGCAUUGUUGGUAAAAUAUAUGUUUUUCUGGAAAUGAUCAAACUUCAGUUUGAUUGUAUGUACUUACAUAAUUCAAAAAUUAGAGAAAUUCGAAUUCGCCAAGCUCUUACCUCAUAGUUAAUCUCCUUCUGAACUCUUCUACUUCAACUUCAUUGCAGAUCAUACAAUAAAAUCAGUCCAAUCAAUAUAAAAAUAUAAAGGUGUGCAGGUAUUAAAUUUCUCUUGAAUUGUAUUGAAAUUUGAGCUUAAACUACACAAAAAUAUGGAACAUACCUUUGAUGAGGUUGAGUUUUUCAUAAUAACACAUUAUGAAUUCACUAUUUAGAAGCUUUGAGCAUUGGGAAGCAAAUUAAAUGUCCGUGCCACCCCUACUACACUCUUUAUUAAGUUGUACGGUUGGAAUUGAUACAGGAAUUUGGAAUUUGAUGCUUAUUGUGAUGUGUCUGGAGAAUCAAACCAAGGUUUCUUUUGU